AUGGUCAAAAUCAAAUCGCCGAAUAAGCAACUCUGCUUUGAUGGAACCAAAGUCAAGCGGUUCUUGGAGACCUAUGAGAUAGUAGCCGGCUUGGACAAGGCUACCGAGCUCGAUAUGGCCAAGCAAAUCAGGCUUUUUGUUUUGAGCGACAAGCUUUUGGACGUGCUAAAAACUUUGGAUGGUUUCAGCCCACCUGAUUGGCCCAAGCUGAAGGCUGCAAUGAUCACAUAUUGGGGGCAGGUCAAUACUGCCAAGUUUACAACACGGGAUCUGGACAAGCUGGUUGAGGAGUGGUCGUCUAAGGAAGGAGUUUCGUCCGCAGCCAACUAUCAAUCGUUUCGGAAGGUCUGGGAGCCAAUCCAGUCAUAUCUCUUGGCAAAUGCUCAUAUCGAUUCCAUUGAAGAGAUCCAGAAUUCCUACUACCAAGCGUUCUCGGCAGCUGUUCAGAACGAGAUCCGUAAAAAACUGAUGCGCGACGGCACCAUGGUGAAGACGUUAGACAAGCGGUUCAAGUUACCAACUUUCCAGAUUCUACAAGAGGGGGUUGACAGCGUGAUGAAGGAACAGACCACGUUGACCUUCGAAGAUUCUAGGACAUCUGAGGUGGUUCCGUCGCCAUCCUUCUCAGACAGGAAUAGAGUCAUGAAGAAGAUGGAGGAUGAUUGUCGCCCCAAAGAGGGUCUUCAACCAUCCAAUCCGGCACCGUCGAUGGACGAGUUGUCUAAAAUGUUUGAGGCUUUCGAGCAGAGAAUCGACCAGAAGCUAGCGGCUGUCUCCAGCAAAGCCCCUCAAGGAUCCGGACAGCCAAUGGUGUGUUUUUAUUGUCAUCGGGAAGGACACAGAACAGCCCGAUGUCAGGAGCUUCAGAAGGAUAAGGAGGAUAACUUGGUCGAGCAGAAGGGAACAAACUUCUUCCUUCCAAAUGGCGCAUUGAUACCUUGGGAUUCUAGUCGGCCAAUACGACAUGUUGUGGCUUCCUUCCAGCCCUCAAGGGCUACGUCUAGUCAGGCGGCACUGGACGCCUCUCCGAGUUUCAAGAGACAUGAGGCUUCUAAGCCUUACAAGGCUCCUGCGACUCCUCCAGCAUCAGCUCGGCGGGUACCAAAGAAAGCAUUGCCAGCUCCCGCAUCUUCCAAACCCCUCUCCAACAUGGAGCCCGAGAUGGAGCUGUUUGAUCGGACAGAAAGUACUCCUAAGCCUGAGGCGUCAGGAUCUCAAGAGCCUAAUCAAGCAGAACAGCAGUCAAAGCCAAGCGGCUCUCAACAAAAAGUUCGUUUUGAGCGCGGCGUGUCUUGUGAGCAUCCGGACGCUGCUGAAAGUGUCCUCAAGAAAAUAUCGGAUUUGUCAGUACCUGGCGUUACGGUGUCAGAAUUGAUGGCAAUCUCACCCACGGUUGCGGAGGGAAUGAAGAAAUGGGUUUCUCGAUGUCGUGUGGAUAAUGGCUCUGAGGAGCUGAAGGUCCAUUCUGGAACGCUUGUUGAAGGGAAGGAAGCAGCUGAUUUGAGAAUCAACCCGAAAUUGUACUCGUGUCCGUUGGGAUAUCUCUCGUGCUUCAUAGGCGAAUAUGAGAAGCUGGCAGCACCCUUGGUCGACUCUGGGUCUCAAUUGAAUUUAAUUUCUGAUUCUCUGGCAAUCAAGUUUAAUCUUAGUCCACGCGUGAACUUCACCUCAGCUGUAUACGGCAUCAACAACCAGGCAUGCAAGUUGAUGGGGGUGGCUGAGGAUGUGCCAAUGCGCAUAGGUAAAACAAUCAUACAGAGCUGUCACUUUUGGAUCACAAGAAACAAUGGCCCUUUAAUCCUGGGUUGGCCUUUCUUAAUGGACAUCGGAGAAACACUAGCGUAUUCGUCACAAUCAGGCGAGAAGCUCAUUAUCCCGGAUGCAGCAGGACGUAACAUUGAGGUUUCCUUGUGUCCAACAGAGACGGGAAGAUGGGAGCGAGAUUUUCCAGGCUAG